GAGAAGGGCGGGUGGUCUUGGCAGCCAUGAUGGUGGGGUCGGUUUCGUUGAGCGGCGAAGUCGGAGCGCUUCUGUGACCUAACGGCGCCCGCGCUUCAUCCGUUGCGGGAAGGAAGAGCCUGGGAAGCCGCCGGCAGACGAGUCCUCCUAGAGCUCCCUCGGCCACCUGCGCGGCUCGUCCCAAGCGGCUCAUCGCAGGCGGCGGCUACUUUCUUAAUAUUUCUGUUCUUGCACCGGGGCUGCGAUGCUCCCUGGGCGAAGGAGGAGGCGGCCUAACCCCGGUGACCGGCCUCGGGACCAGCCCGUGUUAAGUAAAUUCUUCUCGCCGGUGGCAUCCUUGCAGCCCAGCGGCUCCGCUGAGGAGAUUAUUGAACCUGAUAGGAAAAAGAAAAAACUGGUAAAGAACAAAGAAUAUAUUGACAAAUCCUUAAAGUACCUACAGUAUGAAAAAGAAGAGAAUAAUUCAGUGGAUACGCAGAACACAGGGGAAACAAACAAAUGUAUGCGCUCUGAAAUAUGCUCAGAAACCUUUGAGAAAUUGAGAGCAUUUAGCCGCUUGGAGCUUCCAAGAAAUAGAGUUUCUUCAGAAAAUUUCCAUGGAAAAGAAUCAGUAGCUUUGAAAUCACAUUCUGUGAUUGGAAACAGCGAAACAAAUGAUACUUUACAUCCCCCAGAUAUAAGUAAGGUAAUCAGUUCUUUGCUAUUUUUUGAUUUAGCUGUUACAAUUUAAUUGUGAACAUUGACUGAAUUUUGAAGAUGCUAAGAUAGCAAUUUACUAUUGUUAAAUCUUGUAUCAUCAUAUUCUCCAUUACAAAUGAAUAAGUGACAAUGGCAGUUAUCUGUAAGAUUCAAUAAUGAAGAUAGUACAUGUUAAGUAGUUCAGUUAAUUGU